AUGGCAAAUAAAAUAAACUCUGGGGACAGUAGGACUAGAAGUUCUGUAUCCAUUUUUAUAGUCGCCGGUCUGUGCUGUUUCUUCUAUCUAUUGGGAGCAUGGCAGAGAAGUGGGUUUGGGAAGGGAGACAGCAUAGCUUUGGAGAUGACCAGGAACGGUGCAGAAUGUAAUAUCCUUCCCAAUCUAAAUUUUGAGACCCAUCAUAGUGGUGAAGCUGUUGAUGAAUCUGAAUCGAAAAAAGUGUUUAAGCCAUGCCACCAUCGGUAUACUGAUUACACGCCUUGUCAAGAUCAAAGGCGUGCAAUGACUUUCCCAAGGGAAAAUAUGAUCUACCGAGAAAGGCAUUGCGUUCCUCAGGAAGAGAAGUUGCAUUGCCUUAUUCCGGCACCCAAAGGAUAUGUAACCCCAUUUCCAUGGCCAAAGAGCCGUGAUUAUGUUCCCUUUGCCAAUGCACCAUAUAAGAGUUUGACAGUUGAGAAGGCAAUUCAGAACUGGAUUCAAUAUGAGGGCAAUGUAUUUAGGUUCCCUGGUGGAGGAACACAGUUUCCUCAAGGGGCCGAUGCAUAUAUCGAUCAGCUUGCUUCCGUGAUACCAAUUAAAAAUGGGACCGUAAGAACUGCUCUUGACACUGGUUGUGGGGUUGCUAGUUGGGGUGCCUACCUUUGGAAGAGAAAUGUUAUAGCUAUGUCAUUUGCACCAAGGGACUCACACGAAGCACAGGUUCAAUUUGCUCUUGAGAGGGGUGUGCCAGCUGUUAUUGGUGUUCUUGGAACAAUAAAAAUGCCAUAUCCGUCCAAAGCGUUUGACAUGGCUCACUGUUCCCGUUGCUUGAUUCCAUGGGGAGCAAAUGAUGGAAUAUACAUGAAGGAAGUUGAUCGAGUUCUCCGUCCUGGUGGUUACUGGGUGCUUUCUGGUCCUCCAAUCCAUUGGAAGAACAACUACAAAGCAUGGCAGCGUCCCAAGGAGGAACUUCAAGAAGAACAAAGGAAGAUUGAAGAAAUUGCUAAACUUCUUUGCUGGAAGAAGAUUUCUGAGAAGGGUGAAAUUGCCAUAUGGCAGAAGAGUAAACAUGCUGAUUCAUGUCGUGGCGUACGAGAUGAUUCUCAAGCAACAUUCUGCAAAGUUGCAGAUGCAGAUGAUGUCUGGUACAGUGCUUAA